CAUCCUUUGUUAUCUUUAUCUACCUCACGCAUCAAAGGAAUCACGGAAUCUUCCAUAGGAUACUCAAGACAACAGGGCUUUCCAUACUAGCCAAACAAAAAAGUCCUUUGACAUGGACAAAGUAUUGAGUAUAUCGUUUUGUCAUCUAACCACUGGCUGGUUAUGUUCAAAGAAAUCCCACGGAAACUCUUAUAGGGAACUCGAGAAAUUAUCAUGCAACAUGGCUACCGUCGUCUCUGGCAUUGGAAUAAAUAGGCAUAGAUGUCCUCGAUACAUCUCUUUUGUUUUUCUGCUCUUUCUACGGUUCUUUCAACCAACUUGGUUACUGUUAAUACCCAUACUCAUACUCACAACUAUACUUACUGAAAAAAAAAAAAUCCCUAUGCAUUUCACAAUGUCCGUGUUCGAAGACGACUGGACUGACACUGCUGCAGAGGCAGCGGACGUGGCUGGCUCUAUGGAUGACGAGCUACAAUUCGCCAUGUCGGACGAUGAAUCCCCCAAUAACCUCGCGGCAAGCAUGCACAGCAUCGACAUCGACGACAUCAAGGAUCCCCAAAGCAAAAUUAAUCACCUCCUCAAUAAGCUCGCAAAAGCAAACUCGCAAAUUAAAAAGAAGAAUGAAGCCCUGGUACUCCUCGAAGCGGCCAGGGACGAAUCAACCAAAGAAACCAAGCGCCUGAACGGAGAGAUCGAUAGGUUGACUGAGGAGCUGGAGGUGGAGCAGGAGAAUGCGUGCUCGAACGAGGAGAACAUUGCGAGUAGUGUGCGCAGCAAUAAUUCAUUUAUGGGGUCGCUGGACCGUCUUAAGCAAGAGCUUGAUGAGGAAAGGGUGCAAAGUGAAAGGAAGGGACAAACGAUUGCGAGGCUCGGUGUGCAGCUGAAAGAAGCCGAGGAGGGAUUUACGAAGGAUGCGGAGGGGAUGAAUGGGAAGAUUGGUGAUUUGGAACAGAAAUUGAAAUUGGAGCAGGAAAAGACCAAGGAGCUCAGAGAUGAAAAUAAGGAUCUUCGGACUAAAAAGUCGGAUCUGGAGAAAGAGGUUCACGCUGCAGGAUUGCAACGUGAGAACGACAUGGAGAAUUUGAAGCAAUUGCGCACACAGCUCAAGUCGCGCAACAACGAGCUGAAGGACAGCCGCAAGCAUGAGGAGGAGCUGGAGGAAGCAAUGCGCGCAACGAUCGAUGAGUUUGAUCAGCGCCAGGCGCAGGCUAGCCAUUCGAUAGAUGACUACAAGAGGAAAUUGGAGGCGUGCCAGAACGACUUGAAGCAAAUGGCUAGUCAGUUUCAGAGUUUGAAGAAUGAUCGACAGAAGCAGCUGCCCGACUCGCUUCACGCGUCUGCAAAUGUUCAACAGUCAGCCGCCCAGGGUUCGCCAAUCAGUUCUCACUUUGAUGGCGACAAUAAUAGCAGGGCUUCCAGCAGAAAUUAUGGUCUAUUCCAAUCUAUGACGCUGGAAGAUGAACUUGGGGAUGGAUUGGCGAGCGAAUCAGACGAAUACGAGCAUGUCGAGCACCAGGAAGAUUCCGACCCUGAGGUGGAUGUUCGCUCAGACGAUAGUGGUGAUAAUGCUUCUUUGUUGAACCAGAGUAUCUCCACUGCAUCAGACUUGCCGCUUGAAUUGCAUGAGUCGAACUUGUCGACGGAUUCCCUUGUUCAUGAUCGCCGACGGAUUAUGACCAGCGAUGGAAACAUGUCCAAUUCGGAAGAUGCGCAGACGGGCACUUCAAACGACGAAAGCGCACUACUCGCAGACAGCACAAGCAGGCACGAGGAAACUCCGGUCGAUCAUCCGAGACAGCCCUUCGGGAUCCCAUCGACUUCGAGACGAUUUUGGGCAGACGAAGACACAGCCCCGUAUGCGCCACGAUUUGAUCAUAGCGUAUAUCAGAAGCGAGAAACGUUUGAGCGAGGGACUCAGACGGAAGAUAUCGCUCGAAGCCCCGACCCGGGUUUCAAUGAAGAGGAUCGAGAGCGGCUUAUCAGCACCCUGCACCCUCUGCUUUACCUGCUUUACAUGCUGACGAUACUAUUGGGUGGUAUGAUAAACAGACUAAUACGCCUCGAGGUAACCCUGAGAAAGCAGUUCAAUCUUCCGACCGACGUUGAAUACAUCAAGACAAGUCCGAGGGAUCAGAUCCAUGGGGCCAUGGCGACAUCUCCGAGCCAGCAGGAUGAUACGGCGCAGCACCGGUCGGAAGAAACCAUGACCACAUCCGUCCGGGAAGCCGAGGGGUAUCUUAAGCGCCUAGUGCGAUAUGUACUCCUGUGGAGCUACAUUCUCGGAGUUUUGAUGGUAAGGCUGGUGUAUGUGUGGUGGAGCGAUGACGAGUGGCAGUGGACAGCAGCUAACAAGACCCCACGCUGUAUUCCUAUUGAGCUGCUUAGAGGCCACAGAAAUGAGCAUGACUGGGUACAGGUAUGGAACUUUCAAGUGGUGAAAAUUUUGAAUGACCGCGUGGCAGGCUAGUCUUAUGGGUGAGUGUCCGGAUGCAUUUUUAGAGCUGGCGGCUAAGCCACCUGAUAGAUUAUGAUCAUGAUGAAUAUAUUGGGUAUGGAAUAUUGAAUAUAGAAUGGAUUGGGUAUUUUCAUUCUUCAUUCUUCUUCUUCUUCUUCUUCUUC